GUGCUGCUGAGCGAGCUGGCGUGGGGACCCGUGAGCUGCGGCUUGGCAUCGGCGAUAGGGGUCCACCGGAAAAGAGCGGAGGGACAACGCCAGCCCGCACUUGCCUCCUUCUCUCCCGCCACGCCCCCGCGCCCCUGCGCUCCGGGACACCACUGAUCUCCUCUGACCAGGCCGGCCAUGGAGCGCGAGGUCCAGCGGCUUCGCCAGGCGUUUCGGUCCGGCCGUUCGCGUCCUCUGCGGUUCCGGCUGCAGCAGCUCGAGGCUAUGCGAAGGAUGGUGCAGGAGCACGAGAAGGACAUCCUAGCCGCCAUCGCCGCCGACCUGUGCAAGAGUGAAUUCAACGCGUACAGUCAUGAAGUCAUCGCUGUCCUUGGGGAAAUUGAUCUUAUGCUGGGAAGUCUUUCCGAAUGGGUUACUGCUAAACCAGUUAAGAAGAACUUGCUUACCAUGAUGGAUGAGGCCUAUGUUCAGCCAGAGCCCCUGGGAGUCGUACUGAUUAUCGGAGCUUGGAAUUACCCUUUCGUUCUCACCAUCCAGCCAAUGUUGGGAGCCAUCGCUGCAGGAAAUGCUGUGGUUCUCAAGCCUUCAGAAAUAAGUGAAAAUACAGCCAAGAUCUUGGCUAAGCUCCUCCCUCAGUAUUUAGACCAGGACCUGUACACAGUUAUUAAUGGUGGUGUUGAGGAAACCACAGAGCUUCUGAAGCAGCGAUUCGACCAUAUUCUCUAUACGGGAAGUACCACAGUUGGAAAAAUUGUCAUGGAAGCUGCUGCAAAGCAUCUGACUCCUGUGACACUUGAAUUGGGAGGGAAAAGUCCGUGUUACAUUGAUAAAGACUGUGACCUGGACAUUGUUUGCAGACGUAUAACCUGGGGAAAAUUCAUGAACUGUGGUCAAACAUGCAUCGCUCCUGACUACAUUCUCUGUGAAGCCUCCCUCCAGAAUCAAAUUGUGCAGAAAGUUAAGGAAACUCUGAAGGAAUUUUAUGGAGAAAAUAUAAAAGAAUCUCCUGAUUAUGAAAGGAUCAUCAAUCUUCAUCAUUUUAAGAGGGUACAAAGUCUGCUUGAAGGACAAAAGAUAGCACUUGGUGGGGAGACUGAUGAGGCCACACGCUACAUAGCCCCAACAAUACUUACUGAUGUUGAUCCUGAAACCAAGGUAAUGCAAGAAGAAAUUUUUGGACCAAUUCUUCCAAUCGUGCCUGUGAAAAAUGCAGACGAAGCCAUAAAUUUCAUAAAUGAUCGUGAGAAGCCCCUGGCUCUCUAUGUAUUUUCUCAUAACAGCAAGGUCAUCAAACAGAUGAUUGAUGAGACAUCCAGUGGUGGUGUCACAGGCAAUGAUGUCAUCAUGCACUUUGCUCUUACUUCUUUGCCAUUUGGAGGAGUGGGUUCCAGUGGAAUGGGGGCUUAUCAUGGAAAACAUAGUUUCGAUACUUUUUCUCAUCAACGUCCCUGUUUAUUAAAGUCUUUAAAGAGAGAAGGUGCUCACAAACUCAGAUAUCCUCCCAACAGCCAGUCAAAGGUGGAUUGGGCAAAAUUUUUCCUGCUGAAACAGUUCAACAAAGGAAAACUUGGGCUCCUGUUGUUCGUGUUCAUGGGUGUGGUGACAGCUGUGCUUGUCAAGAAAUACCAAGCUGUGCUGAGGAGAAGGGCCCUGUUGAUUUAUCUGGUAGCUCACAGACUGCGUUGGUCCAGUAAACAGUGAUGAACCGAUUUCAGACCCCAGCUCUUUCUGUUAAGAGUGAGGCUGUGUAUUACUGAAGAAUGAUCCUGUUCAACCUCCUAAUUGUCUCUUCUGAAUUACUCCUCUACCAGACGAUUAAUGAACCAGUAAUUUUCAAAUCCUGCCAAAUCAGAAAAUAUGUAAAUGUGCUAUGAUCAAACCUAAAAGUCAUUGCCACUCACCAUUAAUAACUUUUCCAUUUCA